CAGUCGAGCAGAGCUCUUGUGUGCCAAUGUCUUCGUCGUGGAUUUGCCAAUCAUGCCUCCGAGGCUUCACACGGAACGCUGUUCCUCGACCGAGAAAACAUGUCUGGACACGAACGCAAAGCACUUUUGCUACACACGGUAGCAUAUCACCGGUCCUGCUCAAUCGCGCACGAUUGGUAGCUGCAGAGCACCAUAGUCUCACGCACAAGCUCGCCGACGAUUACGAUGCCAAAGCAGCAAAACGCAUGGGCGAGAUCGCAGCGACCGCAGCAGCCAUCAAAGAGUAUGACAAGGCACAGUCGGCGUUGCAAGAGCUGCAGUCUCUGCUCAAAUCAUCUGAUAAGGAGCUCAGAGAGCUUGCCGAGGACGAUGUUGAGCCAACUCAUCAGACCAUCCAGAAAGCUGAGACCGACUUGAAGUCGAGUUUAGUACCUGUUCAUCCAUUCGCGCAUCUUCCAUGCCUGAUCGAAAUUCGACCAGGAGCUGGAGGCGAUGAGGCAGGUCUCUUCGCCGGGGACUUACUUCGAAUGUAUGAAGCCUAUUGUGCUCGCGUGGGACUUCGGACGAGUCUUUUGAAACACGAGACGGGAGAUGAGAUUGGCGGCGGUACUGGUGUACAUCUGCAAGAAGCCGUUCUCGAAGUCGACUCGCCAGGCGCGUACGGGAUACUGCGCUGUGAGGCAGGCGUGCAUCGUGUUCAACGGGUGCCAGCAACCGAGACCAAGGGGCGCACCCACACGUCUGCCGCGAGUGUUCUCGUUCUACCUUCAGUACCCAAUGAUAGCGGAGGAGAAGGAGGCGAAAACUCCUUCAACGACCCCAAAAGCGACUACUAUGUCAACCCUAGCGAUGUCAAGACGGAUGUGAUGCGCGCCAGCGGCGCUGGGGGCCAGCAUGUCAAUAAAACCGAAUCAGCGGUCCGUCUGACUCAUCUGCCAACGAACAUUGUCGUAGCAGUGCAGGAGUCACGCUCCCAGCACGCAAACCGCGAGCAAGCCUGGCGCAUUCUUCGGUCACGUAUUGCACAGAUGAAGCGGGAAGAGCGGGAAGAAGAACUUAUCAAGCUGAGACGAGGCGCUGGUGCUGGAAAAGUGGGUAGAGAGAACAAGGUCAGAACGUACAACUGGUCACAACAGAGAGUCAGUGAUCAUCGAAGUGGCUUUGAUCUCAGAAAUCUUGACGAUGUUAUGGAAGGCGGAGAGGCUUUAGACAAGAUCAUGGAUAGCGUCAGAGUCUGGCAAGCUGAGCAAGAGGUCCUGGGCUUGGUCGCCGAGGAGGAAGAAAAAGCCAAGCAAUCAACGAUGAAUGGCAAGAAAUAAUGCCCACCGAGGGUUGAUUGAGAGCUCAUGGCGAUGGUCGUGCGGACUGCUGGAAGCGAUUCGCAACACGUCUGAGUGUCAUCAUCGUGCGCUGUACUAGACGGAUGGCCAUCCUACCUCUAACGAAGUGCGUACGCUUAAGUGAACGCCUUGGCACACCGGAGUUUGAUACGAAACACUGCACAAUGCAGAUACCCGCUCCUGGUAUGCACCCGCAUAUCGUGCUGAGGCGAUAGCAGGCCGCAGCUAUCGAAGUUCCUGCCAGGGGCAUGAGGGACCACGUUGUGCUCGCAGAUGCUUGCUCGCGCUGCUGUCAAAGUGUGCUAGGACACAGCCUUAUCUUGUGCUGCAUAGCUGGACAGCAUGUAAUGCUGCGGCCUGUCAUGUAUUCGAGCCUCACAUUUUAUUGCCGCGAAUGUGCUGCACGAUAUGCGAAGUCCGGCAUAUUUGGAGUGCCGCUGCACCUCCGGAUAUGCGAAAACCUGGUAUGACCCACUGCAGCGUGCGCAGUCCACCGCGAGACGCCACUAAGUCAGCCGCACAAUAACUUGAAAAUGCUCCAUUCACGUAUUUUUCUCUCUGCAUCCGCACUGCAUCUCAGAUUUCUGAAACAGCCGCGUAUGGAUCAAGUCCCGACAUAAUUGCAAAUCACAGGAGAAGCCGAC